UCUGUCCUGGAGAAUGCCAGCAGACACUGAGUGCAGCAUCUGUUACUGCCCCUAUGCCAGGGGCACUCGGAGUCCCAGGAUCCUGCCCUGUGGGCACAUCUUCUGCAGCCAGUGCCUCCUCACCCUGCUGUCCUCGGCGGAGCCCAGGAGCCCGGGCGUUUAUGAGUUGCCGUGCCCGCUGUGCCGCCAGCCAGCCCAGGCCUCGCCAGCGGACGGCGAGCUCCCGUUCCCUGUGGACCCAGCCCUCGACCGCCUGGCGCUGACCGAACCAGGCUCUGAGCCGAUCACCGAGCGAGGGCCCAGGCGGUGGGUGAGGAGCCUGAAGAGGAGGCUGGGACUUGGCAGCCUGAGACACCCGAGCUCUGACGCUGUGUGUGUGGACAUGCGCGAUAUGGUUCUGAUGGCGAGUUUUCAGCUCAUUUAAUGUGAGUCGGAAGAGAGCCGCGCCCCCUCCCCAAACACCCUGGGGUGAAGCCGGGAGCAGGAGCGGGUUGACUGACCAGAGAGCCCAGGAGGAGGCAAGGAGUAGUGGACGUCCGCUGCUCUCCUGUGCGGGGGGACUGAGCUUGUGCGGAAAUCAUGAACAUACUGCAGGCGCUGGCGUCCAAAGUAGACAGACUGCAGGCCGGAAGAACACAGCAAGCCAGGCAGCAUCCGGGAGGUGCGGAAGUUGUGAGAGCAGUCAACUUCCCACCCACCCACCAAAAACAAAUCCCGAAACAACCUCCCCUUCCUGGAGAGGGUUUCCCUCCCAGCCAAACAGGCCGAAGACUGCUAGACCUCACUGUCAAGUGGGACUGUGGGAGCUAGAUUUAGGCCUGGGGCCUAUAUUGCUUCACUCAGAACUGGGCCUGAGAUGGCAGCGUUUAUGUACAGUACAGAAGUCCUUAGAGGUGCCAGUUCAGCAGAUUGUUCAUAAAAUGAGAGGAGUGCUCAGUUUCACACAAAGAGGAACGCAGUCUAAAUGAUGUUAUGUGAAAUCUCUUAUGAAAUGUUGGUAAGUCCCAAGUCGGGUUCCUGAAUUCCGUCAGGGAAAGCAGAGGAGCUGAAAAAGCCCACACUGAUGCUCUGAAGCUUAUCCCACCCAGACCCAUUAUCCUAUCACUCCACAUUAACCCCUGAUUGAUGUAUCUGACCUAUACAUCCCUGAACACUCAGGGGCAAUUUAACAUGGCCAAUUUACCUAAUGUUUUUGGACUGUGGGAGGAAACCCACGCAGACACGGGGAGAAUGUGCAAACUCCACACAGACAGUUGCCUGAGGCUGGAAUCGAACCUGGGCCCCUGGCGCUAUGAGGCAGCAGUGCUAACCACUGAGAUCAUGCCCCUCCCCAACACUGUGGUGAUCUUUCAUUUUUGGGGUUUUGAGGGUGAUGUUGAGUUCAGUGACCAACCCCUAGAGUGAGAUGUUGCACCAGGCUUUAUGGUGAGUUUAGGCCUUUCAAUCUCACUUAGCCUGCGAUCCACAUUGAAGACUUUUAAUUGCAGCUGUUUAUUUUAAACGGUGGUGUUUUCCUGUUGGCAUGGAACAGCCCACUGUCUGCCUCAAUUUCAUCAAAGCCGAAACUGUGUUGCUGGAAAAACGCAGCAGGUCAGGCAGCAUCCAAGGAGCAGAAGAAUCGACGUUUCGGGCAUGAGCCCUUCUUCAGGAAUUUCAUCAAAAUCAUCAAAUCCCUACAGUGUGGCCCUUUGGCCCAUCAACUCAGCAGAGAACCUCUGAAGAGCAUCCCAUCCAUACCCACCCACUAUCACCCUGCAUUUCCCACCUAACACUCUGGGCAAUUGAGCACGGUCAAUUCACUCAAACCUGCACAUCUUUGGACUGUGGGAGGAAACCGGAGCAAACCCACACAGACACGGGGAGAAUGUGCACACUCCACACAGCCAGUCACCCUCAAAGCUGGAAUCGAACCCAGUCCCUGGCGGUGCGUGAGGCAGCGGUGCUAACCACUGAGUCCCCAUGCCUUCUCGUGCGGCGUGCUUCCAAGUCUGUGAGUCAUAGCCAUGAUGAAAGUGCUUUCCAAGCUGUCAGGGAAGACAACUUGUUAAUGUUUAAUCAGCUCUUCAGCUGCCCAAGUUGCCAAGUGCUACAGAGACGUGUGGGCGGCCCGGUGGCACAGUGGUUAGCACUGCUGCCUCAUAGCACCAGAGAUCCGGGUUCGAUUCCAGCCUCGGGCGACUGACUGUGUGGAGUUUGCACAUUCUCCCCGUGUCUGCGUGGGCUUCCUCCGUGUGCUCCAGUUUCCUCCCACAGUCCAAAGAUGUGCGGGUCAGGUGAAUUGGCCAUGCUAAAUUGUAUCUAGUGUUAGGUAAGGGGUAAAUGUACGGGUCUGGGUGGGUUGUGCUUCAGCAGGUCGGUGUGGACUUGUUGGGCCGAAGGGCCUGUUUCCACACUGUAAUGUAAUGUAAUCUAAAAAAAAUACACACUGGCUUUGGGGAGUCUGGGGUCUCCAAUACCUGUGAUAGAUAGAGCCCGCCUGGUCACAGCAGACUGGG